AACAUUUUCUUUUGGGUCAAGAAUUGAAGAAAUAUCAUAAUCAAGAUGGAGUCAAGACCUUCAAACAAAGAUCUCAAGAACUCUGAGAUGAGUGAUGGUAAAAUCACUAGUUUCUUUCCUGUUUUGAGAUCUGAAGGAAGAGCAAAAAUGUCUGCUGUUAAAGCCGGGGAUUCAAAGCAAAAAGAAAUGCUUCAAAAACUGAAAAACAAAGAGACCAUGUCACUUAGAUCCAAGAAUCUGGACGGUAAAUCGAUUGCUGAUCAAAAUUUUAAGACUGACAUGCCAAACCAAGGUAAAGACAAGAUAGGCAAUGUAACUGUGCAAUCUGCCCUAAAGACUCCACUUAGCCAAGUCUUGAGGAGAAGCAUUGAAGCAUCUGAAAUAAAAAAAGAGAAGGAAAAAAGUAAUCAGGGUGAUGAAAGUUCUCACUCUGAUAAUAGCUUGAAACAGACAAAGAAAGAAUCUAACAAUACAGCAGUUGAGUCUGCCAAAGCUUCCAAAGAUUCAGAGCCACCUAGAGUAUUAAGACGUUCUCUCAAUUCUCCACAUGCCACCAAAACAUUUAGCACCUCUUUGCGAUCCGGUGUUGUAAAAGUGGAUAGUGAGAAGAAGAAGAAUUAUAUGAGGAAGAGACCAUCCACAGAUGCUGAAGCAAGUGAGCCCAUUCCACGAAAAGUAGCAGCUAAGCCUGUUGAGGAUUCAAAAGGUGUUCCUAAAGCAAAAAAAGGCAGGCGAAGGCAUUUUAGAGGAGGUACAUAUGGGUUAUAUCUUACUAAGAAAAUUAAAAGGAAGAAGAAAAUUGAUGAUGCAAAGGAUGACGAAGGCAGUCUUGAUAAUAGUAGUUAUUUAGAUUCUGAUGAGGGCAAUAGUGAAGAUUUCACUCCCUCUGAGAAAUCUCUUAUGGACGAGGAACAAGCAGAUUCUAGUGUCUCUCCCAUGCCUCCCCUUUCAGAAAGAAAAGUGGAACAAGUUGAGUCUUCCUCUGUAGUUGUUGAAACUCUGCCUGCUGUUUCUGAAAAUUCUGAAUCAAGUGAAAAUCGUCUCACGACAGUUGCUGAAGUUCAUGCUCCGCCUAUCGUAGAAGGUGAAGACAGCAGCCAAAAUGCUACUGAAAUGCUCAAGGAAUUGGAAGAAAUGGCUUGGGCACAAGCUUCAAAAUUUGAUGACAGCUUAGAAUCAUCUCAGUUUGCAUCAGAAACCUUAAAGGCACCUCAGUAUGAUGACAUUAGCAAUGAAAGUUUUUCCAAUUCAACCCUUUUUCCUUUCAAAACAUGUUCCAUGUUGAACUCGGCAGAUUCCAAUAUGAAUGCAGAAUCAAAUCAAACUGAAGGUCCCAAUGAAAGUUCUUCUCUUAACAUUAAUCCUAGUGACUUUAAUGAAAAAGAGUUCUCUAAGUUGGCAUCUGAAGAGAUAUCUGUAACUGAAGAAAAUUUUUCAGGUAUAUUUGAAAAUAAAGAAAGCUCUGACAAUUCAUUGGAAAGUAAAAUUUCUUCUGCUGUAACUUUACUUGAAUCAGAAGAUAAAAAUGACGUUCCAGUAACAGAAGAUGCCUCAAAAAUAAAUUUUAGUGUAGAAGUUGUUUCUCGGAUAGGGGAUAAACAAGAUGAGAGGCCAAUAGGUGUGAGUGACAUGGAGACGACACAAUUAAAUUUAGGUGAAAUUGAGAGGUCUUUACCUGCUGGUGAAAACAAAAUACAAGCAAGUGUUGAUGAAUCUUCGAUGAAUGCCUCAGAGAGAGUGAAUCAGUUACAAGGUGUGAGCUCUGAGAUUCAAUUGGACACGGAGGAAACUGAGAAUCAGAUGGAUGCUGAAAUAAUCUUAAAUCAGGCAGAUGAAGAAGUUGAAGCUUCAGUAGACAAAGAAGAUGAGCCAUUGAAUGUAGAAGCUGGUGCUCCAUUAGAUAUAGAAGCUCCAUUGGACAUGGAAGAAGUUGAAACCCCAGCUGAUGUAUCAAGAACAAGUACUCCAUUAAAACUAGAAGAAACUGAUUCUCGUCUCAGUAUAGAUGAAACAGAUACUCAGAUUUGUACUGAAGAUUCUGAUGCACAUGUUAAUAUGGAAACUAUAAACUUCCAAACCAUAGAUAAUAAUUUGCAAAUAAGUGUUGGGAAAAGUAUUGGUCAGUUAGAUGUGAAAAAGAAUGAUCAGAUGAUCAUUGAAGACAUUAAUGAUGUAACUGUUAAAGAUAACAUUCCAAUGGAUGUGGAUGAUGAUGCUUCUCGAUUGAGUGCAGGGCAAGAUGAUAUUAAAAGAAAUAGUGAACAGGCAAUUGAUUCAUCGAGUUUUGAAGAAUUAGUUGCUUCACCGAAGCUUGAGGAGUCUGAUAUUCAUCCAAACAUAACUGAAAAUGGUAUCAGAGUACCUAUUGAAAAAUCAACUAUUGAAAUGAAUGAAAAUAAAGAUCCUGCUGAAAUAAAUCUAUUGGAUAGUGAUGACUCACCAAUUAAAUCUGAAAAUUCUGAUUUUAAAGAUGCAGAUCCCGAUGCACAGUCUACAAUUGCAAAUUGUGUGAAGUCUCGUCAACGAAUCAAAAGACGCUUCACUGAUGACAUAGUUGACACGGAUGUUGGCAUGUUGGCCCUGCAUCCUUCAAUGGCACCACGAACUAAAGCACCUUCGAAGCCACAACCAGCUCAAGAUAUCAUUCAGAACUUUCAGUCAGUCACUCACAGUGAAGCAAAAAGAGGACCAAUCAGCAAAAUUGAAUGCAUUUUCAACAGUCGACAAAAGCCGAUAGACGAAUGCACGUGCGAAGGUGAUACUUAUGAAGCAAAUCUUGGCAAUGAGGAUGAUGGGGUCUUUUGUCAAGCAGUUGAUUCUAUUGAUGAUAAGUUGGUUGGCUGCUCAAAUCCUGUUGUUACUACCAGGCUAGUGCGUCCAUCUGUAAAAAUUCCUUUCACCAUAAUGUGUGAAAUGCAUCUUUGGCGGCUGAAACAUCAUCACUCAUGCCCAUACUGUGGACUCUUCUGCUCACAGGGCUAUUUCAUGCAGUGUUCAAGUAUCAAGAAUAAGAGGAGAGUUGUUCAUCUCUAUCACGAGCAGUGUCAGUCCAGAGAGGAGGGUAUUGAUUCCUUUUGUUUACAUUGUGGAAUGACUACAGGCAUAAAGAGAGUUGAGCUAGAGAUGCAGAUGGCAAAUCCUCCUUCAUUUUUCCUCAGCCAGUUGGGGCAGAAGGUGCCAAUGCCCGAAGUCAGCAAAGCUCGUAUUUCAUUCUCUGCUACCUCCGAGGCGUUAAGGCAAGAAGAGGAAGAGAUGAAUGAGUUCUUGUACAGGAUUGAAGGAUCUGGAAAACUUUUAACUGCAGCGGGCCUAUUGAAUUUCUCAGAAAGAGAAGCAUUGCAAAAACUGUUGAUUACCAUUACUGGAGACAAUCUAAUGAUGAAUUCAUAUUCUCCUGAUGAAUUUUAUGAUGCUGCCAGCAAAGGAGAAGCUGAUCAAGUUUUACGUAUGCUUGCCCAAGGAUUUGAUCCAAAUUGGAAAUUUCCAGAGCAUGAAAAUGAAACUGCUCUUCAUGCAGCUGCUGCUGCAGGGCAUACGCUUGUUGUCCACUUGUUGAUCCAAGCUGGAGCUGUGAAUGAUGUAUUUAAUGAAAAGAUUUAUACUCCCUUAAUGUUAGCUGUAGAAAGUGGACACGUGGAAGUGGUUCAUUACUUGGUUAAAAAAGGAGCCCUUGUUGAUUUUAAAGGUGAAAAUGGAAUGUGUAGCUUGCACUUGGCUGCAAAAAAUGGGAAUUUAGAUAUCUUAAAAAUUCUUAUGAACUCACGAGACAUUGAUGUUAAUUCACAGGAUGAUGGAUAUUGGACACCUAUUGUUUGGGCAUCUGAACAUGAUCAUUUUCAUGUUGUUCGAUAUCUUUUGAGAAGAGGUGCUAAUCCCAAUCUUAAAGACAAUGAAGGCAAUACUGGUCUUCAUUGGGCAGCAUUCUCCGGAAGCGUAGAUAUAUGCUAUCUUUAUCUAGACUAUGGGUGUGACAUCAACGCUGUUAAUGAACUUGGUGAUACUCCCUUGCAUAUUGCUGCUAGGCAGGAUGCUUUCCCUUGUGUGACGCUUUUCCUUUCCAGAGGUGUUGAUGUUUCAAUAACUAACAAGGCAGGCCUACUUCCUGCUGAGUGUUGUCUUGAUAAAAAUGGUAACACUUAUAUGGCCUUGAGCUUAAAUAUGCUGCUGAAAAAACUUACUGUAAAGUAUGCUCACAAAGCAGAAAAGAUAUUACACAGAGACAUAUCUCGUGGUAAGGAACAGAUUGCCAUUCAGUGUGUGAAUAUGAUAGAUGAGGAGCAGCCACCACUUGACUUCUUGUAUGUAACAGAGAACUGUGAAACAAUGCCUAUCAAAAUUGAUCGCACAAUUACUUCAUUGCAGUCUUGUCAUUGUGAAGAUGACUGUUCUACUGCAAAUUGUAGUUGUUCUAGUAUUAGCUAUCAAUGUUGGUAUGACAAAGAAGGUCUGUUACUUCAUGAUUUUAAUUUGGUUGAUCCUCCAAUGUUAUUUGAGUGCAAUAGAGCUUGUUCAUGCUGGGCUUUGAACUGUCAUAACCGUGUAUUGCAGAAUGGAAUUACGUCUCGAUUACAAUUAAUUCGUACAAAAGGCAAAGGCUGGGGUGUUCGAACAUUGAAAGAUAUACCAAGGGGAGCUUUCAUAUGCGAAUACGUCGGUGAGCUCAUAUCGGACUCGGCAGCCGACAAAAGAGCUGACGAUUCUUAUUUAUUUGACUUGGACAAUCGAGAUGGCGAGACAUACUGUUUGGAUGCAAGAUACUAUGGGAAUAUUAGCCGUUUUAUUAAUCAUCUUUGUGAGCCUAACUUAGUGCCAGUGAAAAUAUAUGUUGAUCAUCAAGACCUCAACUUCCCAAGGAUAGCAUUUUUCAGUUCUCGUGACAUUAAGCAGUAUGAAGAACUUGGGUUUGAUUAUGGUGAAAAAUUUUGGGCGAUAAAAUAUAAAUUCUUUACUUGUGAUUGUGGAAGUCCGAAAUGCAAAUACUCGAAAGAAACUAUUCACGCUACUAUAGCUAAUUACUACAGCCGACUAAAGGAGGAACAGAUGGAAGAAGCCGCUGCUCAACAAUUACAGGCACAGAUAACUCAGUGAAUGCGUGAAUGACUUUGACUGCCAUGCUCAUAUCCAUUAAAUGUAUUCCUUUCAAAUGCGACUUUCAUUUUGAUAUUAUUAAAAACUUAAUAUGUUUCUUGACAGAUGGAGCUUUUUUCAGGAAGUUUCUGUUUUUAACCAUGCUAUUUAUACACAAAUGUGAAAUAAUGUAUAGAAAUAUAAAAAUAUAUGAUGCUAUUCAAGCAUGGAUUAAUAAAAUCGUGAAUUUAGGUCGUUUUUUAAAAUUGCAUUUAAAAUGUAUGUUUAUAUGAUUGGUUUGCAGAGCAAGAACCUAUAUGAGGCACUGAUAAGCAAAAGGAUGUAAGUGGGCAUUUUCAAGUUUGGUGUAAAACAUGUUUAAACAUAAGGUCCUAGGUAAGCUUUCAUAGAAAUUUUCUUUCCAAAUCAUGCUGUAUAUCAGCACCUACCAGGGAUACUAGUACUAUGUCUUGCCCCAAUACUGAGGAGAAGUUUACCUACCAUUUGUGCUGAUUAUCUCCAAAUUUUUAAUUUUGCCACUUACAUCCCUUUGCUUCUCACUGCCUCAUGUAAUAAAAGUUGUCACACAGUUCUGUAUAUAUUGUGCUGUAUGUUUCUUUUUUCAGUUUCCUGAAUGUUUUGAUAAAAAUCCAAAGCUCAAACCUAUUGUUCUUUUCAUCAUGUAUUAAACGUGUCACUCAAAGCUUAUUUGUAGCUGUGCUUGGAUGGCAUUUCAAUGUACUAUAACAUUAAAUCAAUAUCAAAUGUAUGUUUUGAUUUUUUCCUAAACUAAUGUAUUGAUACAACUUAAACCGAAGGUUUCUUCUUUUUUUUUUGGUAUGAAUUAUAGUCAACGAAAAAUUUCAAGCUGUGACUCAUUUUAAGCACUCAAGCAAGCAUCUUGUAAAAAAAAAAAAAAAAAAAAAGCAAAUUUUUUGUGAAUGUAAAAAAUAUACAUAUUUUGACUGUGGUGUUUUUCUACUUUGAUCUGUUCAAUAAAAUUUUAAUUACACUUUAAAAAUGUAUUUCUUGAAUUUUCUGUCAUCUACCUAAGUUGUAAUAUUAACCAUUCAUUUUAAAAAAUAAGAAGAUUCUUUGCUUGUUUUACUUGUGUAAAACAUUAAAAUAAUAAUAGUAAUAUUAAUAAUAAAUGACUGGAAUGUUCCCCAAUAAAACUCUAUGGUAUUUUUAACAUUAUAAAUCAUUUUCAAUUUUAGUGGUUCUGUUGUAUUUUAUAUUGCGAUGCAUUUCGGAAUUACCAUGCACGACCAAUAAUGCACCGAGUAGAUAGCACUAUAUCAUUCCGCUCUAAUAUUGAACCUCAUAUAAAUCUUUGAUCUUUUUCUUAGCUACAUAAGUUACCAUGAGAAAUUUUACUUUUUCAAUACAAUUUUAUGUAAAAAAAUCAAGCAGCAUAUAAAUAUUAAAAACAUUAAUGUUAAUAAACACUUACUGUAAAUAUCGUUGUAUUUUAAAUGCACUAUUCAGAAAUAUUUUUCGAGCUUUUUUAGCUUUACUUAUACAGGGUUAGCAUAAAAGAAUAUCCCGGUUUUAAAAAUUUAUGUUACAAAAAUCUAUUACACUUAGCACUAGAAAUUAUACAUAAAAAUAAAGAUAAACAUUCCAAGUUUUUUCUCACUCGCAAAUGUUCGAUGUGUGUGCCUUUCAUAACGUGACACACAUCUAAUAUACACAUUUUGAAAUGUUUUACUGUCAAUUCGUAAUGCUACACAUAUGCGAUCUUUCAGUCCUUGCAAUGUUGUUGGCAAUGGUGGUGUAUAAACACUGCCUUUGACGAAAUUCUGUAAAAAAAUCACAUGGGGUUAGUUUUGGGGAUCUGGCUAGCCAACGCAUGAAGGGUAAAUCAUCAUCACCUGCACGACCAAUCCAGCGUUGCUUAACGUCAGUGGUAGGUCUUGCUUUUAACAUUGUUGCCAAUCCUAAUAUAAUAGUUAAUACACAUGUAAGGACUGUUUUGACCAAAAAACCCCUUCUGGAGUGAAUUUCUGGCUGCACUAGUGCAGAAUAUACACAUUCAAGUACAGUGAAACCUGUGUAUAACAAUACUGUCUAUAACAAUAAACUUGUCUAUAACGAUAUUUUCCUUGGUCCCAGCAAAAUUUGAGCAUAAAUAAUCUCUAUAAUGAUAAUCUGUCUAUAACAAUACUUUUUUAGGUCCCAACAGUAUUGUAGACAGGUUUUACUGUAGUUACAUGCAUUAAAAAAAAAAAAAAAAAAAAAAAAAAAAAAAAAAAAAACUUGGACAGUUUAUUUUUAUGUGUCAUUUAUAGUGGUAAGUGAAAUAGUUUAUGAAAUGUAAAUUUUUAAAACUGGUAUAUUCUUUUACGCUAACCCUGUAUUUUAAGUUUAACAAUUUUAGUUUAGUUCCAUUUUUAUAUUUUGUUGCAGUGUGUCUAUAUGUUCAUAGUUUUUCAGCUAUUGCGGUUUUAUAAAUUCACAUGAAACAUUUAUCUGAUACAACCAUUCAUAUGGGGGAGGUAGAGGUGUUAUGACACCCCUUUAAGUAACAACAUAGAGCCUAAAGUUGUGUUUGGGGUAUUUUCAGUAAUUCAAGUUAUUUCAUCUUUAAAAAAAACCCCUUAAACUUUAUCCUUCAACCCUGAAACUUUAAAGUGUCAUUUCUGAUCAUAAAUAGGGGGCAAACCCCCUGUUUAUGAUCAGAAAUAACACAUAUGACCCUCCCCCCCUUUCUGGAAAGGAUCCCCUCCAAAACUAGUUGCUGGUUUUAUACUUAAUCUGAUUUCACUCAAUAGAUUUUUCUAAAGUAUUGUCUUUUAAGCGAAGCAUAACCACAACUGCCAAUUCAUUGCAGUAGAAAUUAGUCACAGAUCAAAUCAGUUAUUUAAAUUCAGUACUAAUCUUUUAGAGCUUGCACUGUGAGUGAAACACUGCAAGAAGGAAAAAUCUUUUUGUUAUUUUGGAACAUCAAGUAAUAUUGUUACAUGUAACAUUAGAUGUUUAGA